UUUAGGAAUAGCUAGUGAGCGUACCGGCAACGCUGCCCUAGGAAUACCAAAGUGGUUGCGGCAAGUCUCGCUCUUCCAGUGAGAGCCCGUCGAUCUGCGCAGCGUAUCUGGGGCGACGCCCUCGCUCGUAGCGGCUGCGAUGUCGUGUGUUCUACCCGGUUGACACGUGUCACGCUGCGGUUAUGUGGACGCCCUCGGCGACGCUUGAAUGAGUGCGCUUCGCUGCUGACAGUUCUGGGGCGUGAUAGCGGUUCGCAGCGCCGCCAUGCCUGAUCAGGGACGAACGAGGCUGUACCGGGUCCGUGCGCAUGCUGUCGGCGGCGUCAACUGGAGGCCUACCCGGUUUGCCGAAGAUGUUCCGCAGGCGCACGUAUGCUUCCUGUGCGGCAUGAUUCCAUCGAUCAUGGUGCUGCUUCCCUGCGCGCACCUCCUGUGCGAGCCAUGCCAUACGGGCAGCGCCGUAGAAGGCAAUGGCUUGUGUCCCUUGGACCGAGAGCCGUUCGAGGAGCACGACUGCUCCCUGAUUGCCUUACCUGCCAGGAAGGCAAGUCAGCUCAAGGCUCACUGCUGGAACGAAGCCACAGGCUGCCAGUUCGUUGGCGCCUUGGAAGCUGUUUUGAGGCACUACGAGGAAGAAUGUGACUUUCACGCGGUUGAAUGCCCGCGGUGUGACGAAAAAGUACUGCACAAAGAACUACCGACACACUACAUGUCCACGUGCCUCGCGGGGACCCACUCUACAAGCGAGGGAGAGCCGCCCUCGCAAGAUGGCGCGCUCACCACUGAGGAUUUCAACCAAGUCCUGACAGAAUUGAAGACGCUGCUGAGCGACCCUCACCGCGAUCAACUGCCGGCUCUCCAGUCUCAAAUAAACGAACUCGUUGAACACGGGAAGAAGCAAGGCAUGCAGUUGCUGGAAGUGGCCCGCUCAAUCACAGAAUUCGAACGAAGGUUGAGUGAAGAAAUGGCCCAACUGGUCGGCAGUGUGUCCUCGGCGUCAUUCUUCAGAGAAGGUCGCAAUUCAGAUGGGCAAGAGUGUGGCUCUUCGAAGCAGGAAACGCUUGUUCACCAAGACACGGCUGACCCUCUUGAAGGAGGAGUCAUUCAAGAGUCCAUGUUGUUACCAUGGAGCUUUGAGCAGAAGCUCAUCCUGCGGAAGUUGGAGCUCUUGUCCCACGCGAUGUUCUCCUCGCUCGAAGACUUGCGUCAAGAAAUGCAUUCAGACCGGCGAAAGACUUCUGUCUUUUGCAAACCGGUUGGACCUGCGUUUUGCCACGUGGUGAACAAAACUCUCUCGAGUUCAUUGAAUCGCGGCACUGUGUGGGAACGCGGGACGUACCUGCUGACCGUAAGACAAACGCCUCUCAGUUAUUCGACCAUCCAGGGCCAUGUCGCAAGUUCGCGGCGGUGACGCAGUGUCAUCACAGAGAUACGCACUUCGUUUUCUAUCUCUCAGCCGGCAAAAGGGAGGGAGUUGAGCAUUUGAUACUUAGCCUAGUGUGCGACGGGUUCCUCGAAACAUCACGCCUACUGACGGCAGCCUUCAGCGUGUGGGUGAUUCACGACGAAGAGUCUAAGGAUUACCUCAUGCAAAAACUUCGGUCAGGAUAUCCAUUUACUGGAAUCCACUUCAAGACGAAAUUACUUCCAUUGAAGUCGGAAGGGUUCCUUCGAAACGAUGAACUGAAGUUUCGAGUUGUCAUUAGCAGCUAAAUGUAGCUUCUAGAACCGGGGUCGCCGGUUCCCAAAUCCAAAUAAGCAGGCAUCGAGCCCCCCCCCCCCCCCCCAAAAAAAAAAAAAAAAAAUGAAAGGCCCACGUGUGGAAAAAGUACCCAAUCAGCGACAUCACGGUCGCCACAGGAGCUCGUACUCCACGAUACUCAAUGAGGCCAUGAGACAUGUGCUCCAUGCGACGAUUAGCUAUUCGAAUCCUAAUUUAAGUUCACGAAAGACCGAACCAUGAACUUGAUGUUACUACAAAAAAGACGUUACUGGUAAUGCGAAAUACGAUUGCUGCUGACAUUCUGUGAUAAUAGCGAGAUACCUGAUUAUAAUUAAAUAUGUAGCGAAGCGCCUAUCGGGAGCCGAAGUUUCCGUGGACAACAGGCCGUUAUAAAAGUUGCUGCGGCUUAGCUCAGCUAACCGUGGACAUGCAAAGCGAAAGCUUGGUUUUUUUUCUUUUUUUCGUACAAAGCCUGCCUUUGUCUACGGUUGGGGUUCCGAUUCCGGCUUUCUUCAAGCCGAGCGGCUCGCUUCUCCUCAGUCUCCGACGCGAGCUUCACGCGCUUGGCAUUCUGGACUCUCUCCAGUGAAGCAGCUCGCCGGGCGAUAUCCGCGGGGUGGUCAGAC